AUGGCCGAACUUCUACUAGACUCCAAUAUUCGAGUCUGGGUCUUUUUACCCAUUGUAGUUAUUACUUUUCUUGUUGGAAUUAUUAGACAUUAUGUCACCAUCCUCCUUUCAUCAGAGAAAAAAUCGGAAUUACAGCAAGUUGCUGAUAGUCACGCAUUAAUUAGAAGCAGAAUACUGCGAGAAAAUGGAAAAUAUAUACCUAAACAUGCAUUUAAUAUGCGCAAAAGUUUCUUUAACGAUGAAGAUAGAGGAUUUUUUAAAACUCAAAAAAGAGAAGCUGCUGUGAAAAACCCAAUGACUGACCCUACUAUGAUGACAGAUAUGUUAAAGGGGAACGUUACCAAUGUUUUGCCUAUGAUAAUUAUUGGUGGAUGGAUUAAUUGGGCAUUCUCUGGAUUUCUUACUACCAAAGUCCCCUUUCCAUUGACAUUACGCUUCAAACCUAUGUUGCAACGAGGCAUUGAACUCUUGUCUCUGGAUGCAUCAUGGGUCAGCUCUAUUUCUUGGUAUUUUCUCAAUGUAUUUGGACUUCGAAGCAUGUAUACACUUAUCCUUGGCCAAGAUAAUGCUGCUGAUCAAACUAAAGUAAUGCAGGAGCAAAUGUCUGGUUCAGCAAUGGUGGCACCUCCAGAUCCCAUGAAAGCUUUUAAGGCUGAGUGGGAGGCUCUUGAAAUCUGUAACCAUCAAUGGAUGCUGGAAGGAGUUGAGGAUGAACUCACAGGUGGAAUCAUUCCAGAGACCAUUUAUAUCAAGAAUAAAUUUGCAUGA